AACUGGAAGAGAUUAGCUUAUACGCACAAAUGUGCGUGAAAAUGAGUGGAAAUGAGAGACUAUGGAGGCUUUUACUUCGAGUUCGAGACUGAAAACUCUCGAGUGAGAGUCCAAGGCGGGAUCACUAGAAUCGAAGCCUAACCCGUUGCUCUUUGCCUUCCAGAGCAUUGGCUCUACUUCCCGCUGAAGUCGAGCCGAAGCAGAGAUUCUAGGUUUUCAACCCAGAUAAAACCAAAACCGUUUCUUUCUCUUCUCCUACUUUUGUCUCUUUGCUUAGCUGUUCAUCCCCUGCUCACCUGAUGCACUUCACCUUCUCCCUCUUUUCUCUGCCCCCUCUUCACUUUUUUCCCAUCUUCUUGAUGCCGUGAUCUAACAGGAGUCAUGGUGAGGAAACAUGGUUGGCAGUUGCCUGCUCACACCUUUCAGGUUAUUGCUAUCACAGUGUUCUUUCUCCUGGUUGUUGCAUUCUAUGCCUUCUUUGCACCUUUUUUGGGAAAGCAAGUCUUGGAGUAUGUUGCAAUUGGUGUUUACACCCCUGUGGUAAUCGGAGUUUUUAUUCUUUAUGUCCGUUGUACUCGUAUCAAUCCGGCAGAUCCAGGAAUUAUGGCAAAGUUUGAUGGUGAAAUCGUCAAUGGGCCAAGCAAUGAUCGUAGGGUGCAAAGCAUAAAUUUACCAAAUCAUCUGGGAGUUAGUGCUACAGGAUUACAUUCUUCCCCAACUUCUUCUACUUGUAGAAGCCCAUUUGAUGGAAAUCCUCAUGACCAAGUUUCAUCUGGAAGAGAUCCAAAUGUGAAUAUUCCAGUGGAACCUGCAACUAAAACUAAAAGACCAACAUGGUGCUUCUUCUUUGGAGGAUUUAUCUGUGUGCUAUUUGCGAAAGAAGAUUGUCGCAGAGAUGAUGUCUCUGAGCAACAAGGGGGAGAGGAUGCGUUGUUUUGCACAUUGUGCAAUGCUGAGGUGUGCAAAUUUAGCAAGCAUUGCAGAAGUUGUGAUAAAUGUGUUGAUGGAUUCGAUCAUCACUGCCGGUGGCUAAAUAAUUGUGUGGGGAGGAAGAAUUACGUAACAUUUAUCUCUCUUAUGGCCACUGGUCUUGUUUGGCUUAUGAUCGAGUUUGGGGUAGGUGUUGCUGUUCUUGUGCUUUGCUUUGUCAAUAAGAAGAGCACGGAAAAGAGCAUUGUGGAUAAACUUGGGAAUGGUUUUUCUCGUGCUCCAUUUGCAGCUGUUGUGGCUGUAUGUACUGCAGUUUCAUUAUUAGCUUGUGUACCAUUGGGAGAACUAUUCUUUUUUCACAUGAUACUUAUAAAGAAGGGUAUUACAACCUAUGAGUAUGUUGUGGCAAUGAGAGCAAUGAGUGAAGCACCUCCAGCAUCUGUGGAUGAGGAAGGCCAGAAUGCUCUUUAUUCUCCAACUAAUUCAGCAACAACUGGUUUCAGUGGUGGAAGCUCUCUAGGACUGCAGUAUAAAGGUGUAUGGUGCACUCCACCAAGGGUUUUUGUUGAUCAACAGGAUGAGGUCAUUCCACAUCUAGAGCCUGGAAUGGUGCCCUCCACAGUAGAUCCCGAUUCAGCAGGCUACAUUGACAAAACAAACAGGUCCAAAAGGCCAGUUAAACUCAGCGCUUGGAAACUUGCCAAAUUGGACUCAAAUGAAGCAAUGAAAGCAGCUGCUAAAGCCAGGGCUUCAUCCUCCGUUCUAAGACCAAUAGAAGGUCGUCAAAUCCCAGAAACCGAGUCUAGCAGUAAUGCUAGUGUCAGAAGCAGCAUGAGCAUCGAUUAUGGCACCAACAAAGAACCAAAAACUGAUCCCAAACACUCACCUUUGAGCAACUCAUACCCACAAAGCAUUGCAAGCAAGGAUGACUACGAAAAUGGCACACAAACAGCUAGUAGUCUUAGUAGUCCUCUGCACAUCCAUGAACAACCUUAUGCUUUGAAUCCACUACCAAUGCAGCCAUCAAAUCCUACAAGGCCAAGAGGGUCUCUCCAAAAUACUCAACCAUCCAAUAUCCCUAGUAUGCAACCUAGCAAUCCAAUGUUUCAAUCUGCCAAUUCAAUUGUCAGGGAAAGCAGGAGGAGUUCAGUUGUGUGGGAUCAAGAAGCUGGAAGGUAUGUGUCUGUUUUACCAUCAACUAGGCCUGAAAACACUGAAGUUCCAUUCAGGGGUAGAGUUCCUGCAACAAAUACUUCAGCUGAAGUAGGAGGUUAUGGAAGGAGGACCAAUGUAUCAAGCUCUUCUUCUUCGGUUGGUACCUCACAGCAUCAGGAGAGGUUGACAUAUACAGAACAGUCAAUAUUUUUUGGCGGCCCUCUUCUUGCUAGCACAGGAAGAGAUGGCCAAAGAAUAGAGGACGGUUUACGGAGAGAUUCUAAUGUUCAUGAUGUUAGAGGCGAUAGGGGGGAUGUUGAUCGAUUUCCAGUUUUCACUCCUGGAGCUAAUCAAAGGAAUCCUUCUAAUUUUAAGUGAUUUAUAGGACACCAUUUCACCAGCUUUAGAGUAUUUCAGGAGCUCUGCUUCUGAUGUCAUGAUAGUUGAGCCACUAUUAUGUGGAAGCAGAGUGUUCUUAGGGUUCAGAAUUCUUAUUUCUGGCUGCAGUUCACUUAGGAAAUCAAGAGAAAUGUUUGAGCUGAAGAGCGGAACUUUUAGAUUGAGGAAUCAACUUUGUUUUAACCUAAUUUUCUGAGAGAACUUCUGAGAGGUCAAAAGCUUUUCUUUUACUGAUUUAAAACGAAGCCUUUCCCCUUCACGAUUUUUACCUGAAUCGAAAUAACAUGCAAUGCUCAGUUUCUAGUGGAAUCUGUUAUCAAUCAAUUUUUUUUUUAUAUUUUAGAUAA